AAUGCCCUCUACGUUUGACUGCAGACAGUGCAAGGGUCCUCUUCUCAAUUUCUCGCUUGUCCCACCGAUAUACCACACAAAAUGAGUGAUUUUGAGCCUCCUGCUGUUGUCGUUAAUAUAUUUGCAGUCAUCGGGUUCAUUGCAGUUGCUUACAAAUCCUUGAGGGUUUUAUUGUCGAUAUUGAAGAAUGUCAAGACGUUUGUUUUGGCGAGACCGCUGGGCCUCGCUACAAAUCCCAAACGGCAUGGAAAGUGGGCGGUUGUGACAGGAGCUACUGAUGGUAUUGGCAAAGCUUAUGCCGAACAGCUUGCAGCUAAGGGUCUCAACGUCUUUCUGCUGAGCAGAUCUGCAGACAAACUCAAGGAUGUUGCAACUCAGAUCGAGCAAAAGUAUAAGGUGGAAACAAAGACAUUUGCCGUUGAUUUCACCAGUGCGGCAGACAUGUAUCCCUCUAUCGGAGACCAGCUAAAUGGACUAGACAUAGGAGUCUUGGUUAACAACGUUGGCAUGUCAUACAGCUUCCCUCAGUACUUUUGUGAACUCGCCGAUUCAGAGAAGUUUCUUCCCAACAUCAUCAAUAUCAACUGCCUUUCUGUUGUAAUGAUGACCAAUCUUGUUCUUCCUGCUAUGGUGGAAAGGAAGAGAGGUAUUAUCAUCAAUGUCUCGUCUGCUUCUGGAAUGAAUCCAAGCCCAAUGCUAACAGUCUACUCUGCUACUAAGGCCUUUGUGGAUUUCUUUUCAAGAGGAAUAGAUGUAGAAUACCGCUCUAAGGGUAUACAAGUACAGUGCGUAAUGCCGUUCUACGUUACAACCAAACUGAGCAAGCUCAGACGCGAGACGAUGACCAUCCCCAGCCCGACGUCGUACGUGAACAGCGCCCUCGCUGCGUUAGGGUCAGGGAAUCGCACCAACGGCUGUCUAAUGCACAAUCUUCAGGGAUGGGUUGUUGGGUCUGUCCCUGAGUGGGUUUUAGAUAGUGUUCAGAUGUCAAUACAUAAUGCCAUUAGGAAGGUUAGCCUCAAGAAACUAGCAGAGAAGAAGACCAAAUGAUCACCAUCUUUUUUUUGGAGGGGGAGUUUCAAGAAACUUGCGAUCAAUUGCAAGGCUACUUGUGGUCCCUAAAUCAAUUGUAUGUCUUGUAAUUGAUUGUAAAUUUCUGAUUGAUUUCUCAUCUGCUUCUUGUUCAAGAACUAGCAGAGAAGAAGACUAUUAAUGAUCACCAUCUUUCGGGGAAGUUACAAGAAACCUGUGAUCAAUUGCAAGUCUACUUGUGGUCCCUGAAUUGAUCAUAUGUUGUGUAAUUGAUCGUAAAUUUGUGAGUGAUUGUUGAGCUGCUUUUUGCAGCAUGGAGUGUAAUCUGAUUGGAUAUAUUUAACAUUGAUCUAUCAGUUGUAAAAUGGCAAUGGAACGUUUGCAAAUAUUUUCUUGUAACUCCCCCUUAGUCGAUAGAUUGCCACUUGGUCUACAACUGCUUUGUCUACUAUUUGUUUGGUCUUGUCCCACUUGAUCUAAUCCGUGUUAGUCUUCAAUAAGACCAAAUGACUGUCUUCUCAGUCGUUAUUUUACCAAUUGGUCUACAACCGUUCUUUCUACCUUUUGUUUGGUCUAAAAUAAUAUAAACCAUUUAACCCACUUACCAUUUUGUUCCCACUUGGUCUAGUUUGUCUAAAAUCAGUUUGUCUACCAACCGUUUGGUCCAAUUACCAUUCAGUUCCUUAUUCCAUUAUGUCUAAGUUCCACUUAGACUUUAACAUUGACUAAUUUCUGUUUGGUCUAAUCUCAUAUGACCCAGUCCUACUUCUACAAUCAGGUGGGUGUUUCAUAAAGCUGUUCGUAAGAUACGAAUGACUUUACGCACGACUGCGAUCCUUUCUUGUGCUAGGUGAUGCAUCCCUAUGUCAUUCAUUUAGGAUAUAUAAGAACAUGUUACUUUACAAGUAGCUUUAUGAAUCACCCACCAGUUUGUCUACCAGCCACUUGGUCUAAUUACUAUUUAGCCCACUUACCAUUUUGUCUAUUUCCAAGUUGGGCAAUACCCAUUUUGUCUAUUUCCACAAGGUCUACCACCACAUGAAAUGAGACAUAGUGGAAAUGAGACGAACUUGGCUUUAGACUAAAUAAAAAUAAGAUGAAGUGGGUAUUAGACCAAGGGGGUGUUUCACAAAGAUUUAAGUAUGGCUUAGAGUCGCACUUAAAUGUCUAGUUGCACGCAGUAUAAAAGGCAUGACAGCAUUGGUCAGAUCAUGCCAAGAGGACGCGCACUACUGCGUAUUGAUCAAUAAGAUUGCGCGUUGCAUAUCAUGUACGCGUCGACAUUUAAGUGCGACCUAAGUCAUGCUUAAAUCUUUGUGAAACACCCCCCAAGUGUAGACCAGACAGUAAUUAGGCUAUGAGUAGACCAAUUGGACUAAGACCAUGCGGUAUCAGACUAUCUGAGAUGUAUACCAACUGCUUUUAGACCAAGUCUAGUACUCUAUUAAGUUCUAUUCAAAUUAAGGAAAUAAUCCAAUCAUUAUUUAAUUUUUUUAUUCAUUUUUUUUUCAAUAAUUUUUAGGCUUUUAAAAGGCACAUAAAUUAAAUAUCUAAAUUUUGGGAAGGUAUAUUUGUACUCAAGCGCACAAAGUACAGAAAUAAUGGUUUAGAAAAUGUUGGUUUGCACAAUUGAAAUAUGAAAUUUUCUCUCGUGUGAUAUGUGAUACGGCUGUCAAUUAUUUUCCUCACGUGCCUGAUAUUCUAUUUUUAUUGUAAAUUCCUGAUUAUACUUGGUGAUAUUGUCGAUUUCCUUGCAUAUUACGUCAAAUUGACUUCAAAUUAUCCAGAACUUUGACUGAUUGCAAUAUAAGACUUGUGCAUACUGUAUGAAGAGACAAAUAAGAGAUUACAUGGAGUUGAAUUCAUGGCAAAAUUAGGGGUCUGUAUGCGGGUAAAAAUGUGUAAGUCAAGAAUAAAUAUCAAAUUUGCUUAUAUGCAUGUCUAUUAUAAACCUGGGCCCUGUUGCAUAAAAGUGACUAUUAUGGUAACUUUGACAUCCAAUGGUAGGUACCAUGGUAACACAGAACG